GCUCAGAUUCUCUUUGGGGAGCUUGUGCCUGCUCGGUUUCUGGUGACCUCUCCUGAGAUGCCUGAGCCAGGGAAGAAACCAGUCUCUGCCUUCAGCAAGAAGCCACGGUCAGUGGAGGUGGCUGCUGGCAGUCCUGCUGUGUUCGAGGCCGAGACUGAACGGGCAGGAGUGAAGGUUCGCUGGCAGCGGGCAGGCAGUGACAUCAGCCCCAGUGACAAGUACGGCCUGGCAGCCGAGGGCACACGGCACACACUGACUGUGCGGGACGUGGGCCCUGCCGAUCAGGGGUCUUACGCAGUCAUCGCCGGCUCCUCCAAGGUCAAGUUUGACCUCAAGGUCUUAGAAGCAGGGAAGGCAGAGCCUGUGCCAGGACCUGCUUCUGCCCCUACCGAGGCUCCUGGUGCCCCUGGAGAAGCCCUGGCCUCAGCCACUGAGGUAGAAGGAGGCUCUCCGAGUCCCGAAGGAUCAAGUUCAGCAGCCCCCGAUGGCCCUAGUGCCCCUGACGACCCCAUCGGCCUCUUUGUGAUGCGGCCACAGGAUGGCGAGGUGACUGUAGGGGGGAGCAUCACCUUCUCAGCCCGCGUGGCAGGGGCCAGCCUCCUGAAACCACCUGUGGUCAAGUGGUUCAAGGGCAAGUGGGUGGACCUGAGCAGCAAGGUGGGACAACAUCUGCAGCUGCAUGACACCUAUGAUCGGGCCAGCAAGGUCUACCUGUUUGAGCUGCACAUCACAGAUGCCCAGACCACCUUUGCUGGUGGCUACCGCUGUGAGGUAUCCACCAAGGACAAAUUUGACAGCUGCAACUUCAACCUCAUCGUCCAUGAGGCCAUCGGCCCAGGAGACCUGGACCUUCGAUCAACUUUUCGCCGCACGAGCCUGGCUGGAGGUGGUCGUCGGAUCAGUGACAGCCAUGAGGAUGCUGGGACUCUGGACUUCAGCUCGCUGCUGAGGAAGAGCAGCUUCCGGACCCCGCGGGACCCGAAGCUGGAGGCCCCGGUGGAGGAAGACGUGUGGGAGAUCCUGCGACAUGCGCCCCCGUCGGAAUACGAGCGCAUCGCCUUCCAGCACGGCAUCACCGACCUGCGAGGCAUGCUCAAAAGGCUCAAGGGCAUCAAGCGGGAUGAGAAGAAGAGCACAGCCUUUCAGAAGAAACUGCAGCCUGCCUACCAGGUGAGCAAGGGCCACAAGAUCCGGCUGAUGGUGGAGCUAGCUGACCCCGACGCAGAGGUCAAGUGGCUUAAGAAUGGACAGGAGAUCCAGAUGAGUGGCAGCAAGUACAUCUUUGAGUCCAUCGGCACCAAGCGCAUGCUGACCAUCAGCCAGUGCUCGCUGGCUGAUGACGCGGCUUACCAGUGUGUGAUGGGUGGUGAGAAGUGCAGCACUGAGCUCUUUGUCAAAGAGCCCCCUGUGUUGAUUACACGGCCCUUGGAGGACCAGCUGGUGAUGGUGGGUCAGCGGGUGGAGUUUGAGUGUGAAGUGUCUGAGGAGGGGGCCCAGGUCAAAUGGCUGAAGGACGGGGUGGAGCUGACCCGGGAGGAGACCUUCAAAUACCGGUUCAAGAAGGAUGGCCAGAAACACCACCUGAUCAUCAACGAGGCGACACUGGAGGAUGCCGGGCACUAUGCACUGCACACCAGUGGGGGCCAGGCACUGGCCGAGCUCAUCGUGCAGGAGAAGAAACUGGAGGUGUACCAGAGCAUCGCAGACUUGACUGUGGGCGCCAAGGACCAGGCCGUGUUCAAGUGUGAGGUGUCAGAUGAGAACGUACGGGGUGUGUGGCUGAAGAACGGGAAGGAGCUGGUGCCUGAUAGCCGCAUAAAGGUGUCCCACAUCGGGCGGGUCCACAAGCUGACCAUUGACGACGUCACACCUGCAGACGAGGCGGACUACAGCUUUGUACCCGAAGGCUUUGCCUGUAACCUGUCCGCUAAGCUCCACUUCAUGGAGGUCAAGAUCGACUUCGUGCCUAGACAGGAACCUCCCAAGAUCCACCUGGACUGCCCAGGCCGCAAGCCAGAUACCAUCGUGGUGGUGGCUGGGAACAAGCUACGUCUGGACGUCCCUAUCUCCGGGGACCCUGCUCCCACUGUGAUUUGGCAGAAGACCAUUACAAAGGGGAAUAAGAUCCCAGCAGGGCCAGCCCCCGAUGCCGAUGCCGCAGGAGAUUCAGGUGCCAGCGACGAGUGGGUGUUUGACAGGAAGCUGCUGUGUGAAACUGAGGGCAGGGUCCGAGUAGAGACCACCAAAGACCGCAGCAUCUUCACUGUUGAGGGGGCGGAAAAGGAAGAUGAGGGCGUCUACGUUGUCACAGUGAAGAACCCUGUGGGCGAGGACCAGGUCAACCUCACAGUCAAGGUCAUCGAUGUGCCGGAUGCCCCUGCGGCCCCAAAGAUCAGCAACGUGGGCGAGGACUCCUGCACGGUGAAGUGGGAGCCUCCUGCCUACGAUGGCGGGCAGCCGGUCCUGGGCUAUAUCCUGGAGCGCAAAAAGAAGAAGAGUUACCGGUGGAUGCGGCUGAACUUCGACCUGCUGCGGGAGCUGAGCCUCGAGGCGCGGCGCAUGAUCGAGGGCGUGGUCUAUGAGAUGCGAGUCUAUGCUGUCAACGCAGUGGGCAUGUCCAGGCCCAGCCCCGCCUCCCAGCCCUUCAUGCCCAUUGGCCCCCCCAGCGAGCCCACCCACCUGGCGGUGGAGGAUGUCUCUGACACCACGGUCUCCCUCAAGUGGAGGCCCCCGGAGCGCGUGGGAGCCGGAGGCCUGGACGGCUACAGCCUGGAGUACUGCCGGGAGGGCUGCUCGGAGUGGGUGGAUGCCCUGCGGGGGCUGACAGAGCGGACGACAAUGCUGGUAAAGGACCUACCCACGGGGGCCCGGCUGCUCUUCCGAGUGCGGGCGCACAACGUGGCAGGGCCUGGAGCCCCUGUCACCACCAAGGAGCCUGUGACAGUGCAGGAGAUACUGCAGAGGCCACGGCUCCAGCUGCCCAGGCACCUUCGCCAGACCAUCCAGAGGAAGGUCGGGGAGCCCGUGAACCUCCUCAUUCCUUUCCAGGGCAAGCCCCGGCCUCAGGUGACCUGGACCAAAGAGGGGCAGCCACUGGCAGGUGAGGAGGUGAGCAUCCGCAACAGCCCCACGGACACCAUCCUGUUCAUUCGGGCCGCGCGCCGGGCCCACUCGGGCACCUACCAGGUGACGUUGCGCAUCGAGAAUAUGGAGGACAAGGCCGAGCUGGUCCUGCAGGUCGUUGACAAACCAAGUCCUCCCCAGGAUAUUCGGGUCACUGAGACAUGGGGCUUUAACGUGGCUCUGGAGUGGAAGCCACCCCAGGAUGAUGGCAACACAGAGCUCUGGGGCUACACGGUUCAGAAAGCUGACAAAAGGACCAUGGAGUGGUUCACCGUCUUGGAGCAUUACCGCCGUACCCACUGCGUGGUCUCGGAGCUCGUCAUUGGCAAUGGCUACUACUUCCGGGUCUUCAGCCACAACACAGUGGGGCCCAGUGACAGAGCUGCCACCACCAAGGAGCCUGUCUUCAUCCCCAAACCAGCCAUCAAAUAUGAGCCACCCAGCUACAAGGCCCUGGACUUCUCCGAGGCCCCAAGCUUCACCCGUCCCCUGGUGAACCGCUCGGUCAUCGCUGGCUAUAACACUACCCUCUGCUGUGCUGUCCGGGGGAGCCCCAAGCCCCAGAUUUCCUGGUUCAAGAAUGGCCUGGACCUGGGCAAAGAUGCCCGCUUCCGCAUGUUCAGCAAGCAGGGUGUGCUGACUCUGGAGAUUAGAAAGCCCUGUCCCUUCGACGGGGGUGUCUAUGUCUGCAGGGCCACCAACUUACAAGGCGAGGCGCAGUGUGAGUGCCGCCUGGAGGUGCGAGUGCCUCAGUGACCAGGCUGGCUCCCUGGGAUGGCAGGUACGUGCUCCGGGUCACCCUGACACCCAGGGCCUAAAUCAAAGGUGCAAGUGGCUCUUAGCAAGAUGUCAAUCCAGCUCAUUCACAAGGAAACCUGUGUCACAGGUAGAACUGGAUGCCCGCCAUGUGCCAGGAGCCUGGAAGGAAGCUGGACAAGCCACCUUCCUGCUGUUGGAUGUGUGUGUGCAAGUGUAUCUUAGACUUUGGGGUGCACCACGAGGGCAGCGUAGUUUUGAUAAGCAGGCAUGGGGUGGGGGGGGGGGGACUCCACACAGACCAAACUGCCCAAGCUCCAGUUGGAAGCUUGCAGAUCUAUGGGGCAAAGUGUGUGUGGACUCAGGAAAUGAUGACCCAUCUGGCCUGUCAUGUUUUCUCAGCACAUAAGGGCAAUAAAAGACCAGCGCAGUCACAGAGAACUGA